UCGUAUUCAGGCGAUAAGUUGUUGAUUUUUCGAUGGGAAGCCUGUGGCUUGUGUUACGUCAGGACGACCGGACGACCUGGGACGAUUUUGAUCGAUCAAGGAAGGCGGAAGUAGAUAACUCAUCUUCAAUCCUCAUCUUCGGAUAUAUAAUCGCAUACAUAUCCCAUUAAAAGUGCCCAAAAGUGCAAAAAGGUAUGGCUAUACCUCUAUGUCGCAAGGAUGGCACAGAAGGGACAGCAACUAUURAAUUUGAAUAUGAAAAUACAACGUCAAAAUUUUAUGGUUGUAUAGUUAAGAAUGAUAACRAUCUUUGUGAAUUUAUUCGAGAUCAUAUAAAACCAUCAGCUGACAGGAACUUAUUUAGCAAAGACAAUACAAAAUACUUUUUUUACAUGAAUUUUGAAGAAACAAUUACCAAAGCUACUAGUUUUACUGUUACUUGCUAUCGGUUUUCAAAAGUCAAACCAAAAAAGAAACGCAAACGUAGUUUCUCACAAAAGGACUUUGUUAAAGUACAAGAACACAUAUUUGUGCYAUGUAAUUUUGAAAACUUUAAUGGAAGCAAAUUUUUGGAAACACACAGCAAAAAGCUUCUAGUAGCUCAAACAUUAAAUACAACAGAUACAACAAACAUUGAAUUGUUAAGUUUAGUCCAAGACAAUAAGAAUAAGAACGUUCUCAGCUUUAAAUCUAUUCCCCUUACGGUGAAUGGCCAGACCUUCAAAGUCCCUGAAGAAGMUUAUCAAAACUUGGUAAAUGCUGGUCCUGUUCUUAAAGAUGGAACUCUAGUCGGCAGUUUUGAAAAAAAAACAAACAACGAAAUCUUUAUUUCUAUUUUUGAAAUGACAUCUGCAUCUGGUACAGAUGGAGGAUUCCCAGGAAGAGAGACUGGACAGGCAGCAGGCACCCAACCACCUACCCCUGGAGGAGGGACUGGACAGGCAGCAGACACCCAASCACCUACCCCUGGAGGAGGGACUGGACAGGCAGCAGACACCCAASCACCUACCCCUGGAGGAGGGACUGGACAGGCAGCAGGCACCCAACCACCUACCCCUGGAGGAGGGACUGGACAGGCAGCAGACACCCAACCACCUACCACUGGAGGAAGGAUUGGACAACAAA